UGCUGGUUCAUCAGUCAAAGUUGGUUUACCGAUCGAUAACUGCACAAUAUACAAAAUGUUCAAAGUCUUGAUGAUCUGCGCUAUUGUCGGCCUGGCCGCAGCCUUCCCAGAGGGAACCCCUGAUGAAGUCAUCCAUCGCAGUGAAGAUGUGCGCGCUGAUGGUUUUGAGUCCAAACUGGAGCUCACCAAUAGCAUCAAUGAGCAGCGUUCGGGUGAUGAACACGGCAACAUCAAGGGCAGCUUCAGCUAUGUCGCUCCCGGUGGCGAGCAUGUCGUGAUCAACUAUGUGGCUGACGAGAACGGUUACCAACCAUCUGGCGAUGUUCUGCCAACUCCCCCACCAAUUCCAGUUGAGAUCCAAAGGGCUCUUGAGUGGAUCGCUGCCCACCCUCAUGUUGAGAAGGAGGAGAGCGAUGAAGAUGAUGAUGAAUAAGCUUUCGGUGAUCUAACUGUCACAUAUUAACGUACUUUGGACUAUUGAAGAUUGAUAAAUAUUUAAGUUUUCCAUCUUUUAAGCCCGACUUUACACGGAUAUGAAAAUACAUAUAGCAAAUUGCUUAUAGCAACAA